AUGACGCAGCUCGCUUCCCAUUUCGAGACCUUCCACGGCGGCCCGCUGCACGCCAUUUCCUUCGACUUGUACGGCACCAAAGUCGCCACCGCCAGCAGCGACGAGUCCAUUCGUCUUUGGGAAGUUUCGGGGGACUCUAGAGGCGCUCAGUUUUUGCAGGAGCUGCACGGCCACAGCGGGCCUGUCUGGCAGGUCUGCUGGGCUCACCCCCGCUUCGGGCAGCUGCUGGGCUCCUGCGGCUACGACAGAAGAGUUGUGCUGUGGCAGCAGCAAGAAGGCUCUGGAGGUUUUGCUGCAGUUUAUUCCAACGAAGACCAUUUGGCUUCCGUGAAUGCUUUGGCCUUUGCGCCGGAGGCCGCGGGGCUGCUGCUGGCAGCAGGCAGCAGCGACAACCGCGUCCGCCUCUGGGAGGUCGACUCUUCAAAGCAGUGCACGGAGCUGCCGCCAAUGGAGGGCGAGCAGCACUCGGACUGGGUAAGAGAUGUGGCCUUCAGGCCGCAAGGUGCUGCUGCUGUGCUGCUGCCGGGGGCUUUGCUGCUGGCUUCCUGCAGCGAAGACAAGACUGUGAAGCUCUGGCUGGGCGAGCCCCCCGCCCCGCAGCAGCAGCAGCAGCAGCAGCAGCAGCAGCCGCAGCAGUACAAGUGGCGGCUGCUGCAGACCCUCGUCUUCGACGCUCCCGUCUGGAGAGUCUCCUGGAGCAGCAGCGGGACUUUAUUAGCUGCUGCAUGCGGCGACUCUGCUGUUUUACUGCUGAAGGAAAAUGUGCACGGCAGCUGGGAACUGGUCACGGACUUGGCAGAGAAGGCCGCGCUGCAGCAGCAGCAGCAGCAGCAGCAGCAGCAGCAGCAGCAGCAGGAAGCAGGCGGCAUGGUCCCGCGGCCGCCUGCUGCUGGCAGCCUGGGGGCCCCCCCGCCCCAUCCAGGGCCUGCAGCAGCAGCAACAACCAUGGGGGGGCCCAUGGGGGGCCCCAUGGGGGCCCCCAUGGCAGCAAUGGCCUCGGGGGCCCCCCAGCCCUUUGGGAUGCCCCCAGCCCCUCCUCUGCCCCGCCCGGGGGCCUUUGGGGGGCCCCCCCCAGUGCAGCAGGGUACAGGGUUUGCCCCUCAAGGGGGGCCCCCCAUGAGGGGCCCCAUGCCUCCUCCCAUGCCCCAAGGGUACUAG